UUAUAUUCGGUGUAAAAGUCGUGCAAACAUUUUUCAUUCCACUUGAUCUUCUUAUCUGUAAGAAACUGGACACGCGCUUGCGUUCUCAGACUGCAAUUUUAACAGUAGUUGAAAUAUGCAUUCCAUUUUUCAGUUAGUAUUUCUUUUUGGAUUUGUUCAGGGUCGUGGAACCACGUGCUGCACGGACGGCUGGCUGGCAUUCGAAGGCUCUUGUUACACGUUUGGUCGCGACAUCUCAUCCUUCACGGUGGCGGAGCAAUACUGUCGUCAACAUGGUGGCCACCUUAUUCACGUAGACAAUGCCCAUGAAAACAACUUCAUCAAGGAUCGCCUACGGGACCUGAAAUCAGGUAACUAUUGGACGGGUCUCACGGACGAGGACAUUGAAGGGGAGUGGAUCUGGUUUGACACGGACUCGAACGCAACAUUCUUAAACUUCUACGCGGGCUAUGGCCAUAACAUCAAUCUUGACUGCGCCAUAUUCAACUACGGUGUGGACUUUUCCUGGACCGAUAACGACUGCAGUACAGCUAACGCCAAACCCGCAUGUGAGCGCUCAAGUGAAACUUGCUCCUGCGAGUCAUCGUCCGCCAAUAUGAUUGUUGGUUAAUAAACAAACUAUUUCUUGUUUAAACACAAUCAUGAAAUGCGCUUGCUUUUUUUUAAUUCAAAGCUGCGUCUGUUUCUGUGUCACACAACAUAACGGUUAAUAAAGCCAGUAAUUUUA